AAUGUGAUAGGAACCGUCCUUUGCAGGCGGCUGUUCUGCAAGCGCUAAUUAUUUACUGUGGUAGCCCCUGUGACCGAAGCUGAGGCGUUAUCGAUAAAUCGGUUUUGCUGUUUUUCCGUGUGGAAAUAGGCUUUGUUUUAACGUAUCACAGGCCAAAUUACACCCCGAUCAACGCAAGCGCACCACCAGGAAGCUCAAAUUUGUGUAUUAGACAUGUCGUCGAAGAAGAACCAAACAAAUGCGCUGAAGGCUGAAGAUGUUGUCCAGGCUGUGCUUUUGGCUGAUAAUUUUACAGAAAAUAUUGCACCUUAUUCUCUUAACUCACCACUGGGGUUGGUCCUGUUGGUGAAUGUGCCACUACUGGGCUAUGCCUUGGAGUAUCUGGAAGCAGUUGGGAUACAUGAGUGCUUCAUAUAUUUAUGCAAGUCUCCUGAUGAAGUUAAGAAAUAUAUCAGUGCAAGCCGCUGGCUGGAUGGUAGCAAUCCGAUGGUGAUACACAUCCAGACGGCGGAAGACUGCCUCUCUCUUGGUGAUGUCAUGAGAGACCUGGAUGCCAAGGCGCUCAUCCAGUCUGACUUUCUUCUCAUGUCAGUUGACUGCAUCACAAACGUUGACAUCGUGCCCAUCAUUAGGGAGCACAGCGCGCGCCGGAAGGCGGACGACCGGGGCUCGGUAAUGACGCUGCUGUACCGAGAGGCGUCGCCGCGCCACCCGGCCCGCCACUGGGACGCCCAAGUGCUGCUGGCGGCCGACCAAGAGACGGGCCGCGUGGUGCACCACCAGCGGCUGGCGGCCGGCCAGCGGGGCAAGGUCACACUCCCCCUGCACAUUUUCCAGGCGGCCAGCGCCGUGGAGGUGCGGUACGACCUGCUGGACCCGGGCAUCAGCAUCUGCUCGCCAAACGUGCCCCAGCUCUUCUCGGACAACUUUGACUUCCAGACGCGCGACCACUUCGUGAAGGGCAUCAUCGUUAACGAGGAGAUUCUGGGAAGCACCAUCUACUACAAGUGCCUGAGCGCGGACUACGCUGCCCAGAUCAGCGGUCUGAACGCGCUGGUGACGGUGACGCGGGACGUGAUGGACCGCUGGGCGUACCCGGUGGUUCCUGAGAACCGCGGCCACACCAGCCACAUCCGCUGCAUCCAGCGGAAUGUCUACAGGCACAGGACGGCCACCGUUGGCAGGGACAGUCGGCUGGAGGAGAGCGUGGCGCUGGCCGACGGCGUCAUUGUGGGACUCCGCUGCCGCCUGCUGCGAGCCGUCGUCGGGCCCGGUUGCCGGCUCGGCGACGACGUGGUGCUCGAGGACGCCGUGCUGGACGCCGGCUGCCGGCUGGGAGACCGGACUGUCGUCUGUGCCGUGCCGCGUGAGCUGGUGGGCGACAGUGGCCGCGGGUUCGUGUACGCGGCGGUGCCGUACCAGCAGUGCCGUCUGACCCGGUGCCGUACCGGCAGUGCCGCGUGA